GUUCGGUCGGUCUCGCUCGAUGGGAUAGUGGACUGGCGCUCUGCUGAAGUUGAUUGUUGCCGUCGGAGACUUGAUGCGGUGUUUUCGUUCUGGCGGAGUUGAGGACAUGAGAUGAGAGACUGUUGAAGGCUCCGCUCGUUGUGAUGUGUAAGUCGAUCGAGGUGAGUUGUUCCAGGAGAGUUGUUCCGGAUGAAGUCCAAGUCGUCGCCAAGACAGCGAGCCAGACGCACCGAAACGAGUCGAUCAGGAGGGAGCAGGCAAACAGAGGCCAGGCCGGCUCUUUCUUAUACUCGCGCAUCACCGCCAACGCCGGCAGGUCUCAGCCUCAUCCCCUCUCCCAGGGGGUGCGCCGACAUGCUGGGUUGCAGAUUGCACACGAUGCAACGACGUUUGGGAUCUACAGCACCGCAGUCCUGCGGAAUGCACGCCAUCACCACCUCCUGCCACCGGUGAAGCCAGAGGGCGGAGAGGCGCCACGAGGCGUAUCUGAGGACAUCAGGGUUGGCCAUCAAGGUGCGCCGUGGCCAUCAGGGUUCUCACCGCCCCGAGCCCAAUAUCGCCAAUCAAUCCGUCGAGCUGUUAAGGUGAUACCGGAAAACCUGGUGGUGACGCGGUAAAUUCUAUGUAUUGAGCCAACAACUCGCCGUG